CAUAUAAACCGUAGGAAGAGACGUCGCAGAAUCCAGUCUAUUAUCAGUCCGGCGUGCGAGUUUAUAUUCUACGUUCCCGUCAUCUCGUGGAAAAAGAGAAGGAAUAAAAAUCAGAACCAUGAAAGCCACAUUUGCAUUGGUCUUGACAUUCGCGUGUCUGUCACUUCUCUUCCUGGAGAGCGAUGCCUUUCCUGAAAAGGAAACCAAAACCGGGACGAAGGACGUGAAGGAGCCGAAGGAGAUCAAGGAAACCGCCACUGCUUCCAAGGAUGUGAAGGAUGCCAUCAAGGCCGCGAAGGAUGCGAAGAAGAAGAAGGAUUGCAAUACCGUUUGCACUGCUGAGUACAACCCAGUUUGUGCACAUGAUCCUAAUGACACAAAAUCCAGACCUAGAACCUUCGGCUCUGCUUGCGUCCUCGACACUCACAACUGCGAAAUGGGAACUCACUUGGUUGUGAAGAACAAAGGCGAAUGUCCGAAAACUGAUGGAGUGAGAUUAUCUUAAAAAAUUCGCCGACAAAAUGGCCGCCUGCGAAGAAACGAAGAAGUAUUACCAAUUUACAUACCCAUCAUUGUUAAGAUUAAGAGCUUUUAUUGCGACGAAUAAGAUGAGAAUAAUGUUAUAAUUGAAUCUUCUGUAGAAUUGUGUAUAAGUUCUGUUACCGUAAUUAGAAUGUUUAUUGCUUGUUCAACGCGAAAUCAAUAACUCGGUGUAAUUUAAUCGAACGGCUCCAUAUUCUAUUAAUUACAAUAUACAUUUGCGUGUACAGUGCAAUAAAACGUAAAAAUGUAGAGAA